AUGGACAACACAGAAGCCAAAAAUAUCUCUGGGUCUGUAAGUAAGUUCAUUCUCCUGGGUUUCCCCUGCCGCAGAGAGAUCCAGAUCCUCCUCUCUGUCAUUUUCUCCCUCAUCUAUCUUCUGACCCUUGUGGGGAACACAUCCAUCAUCUGUGCAGUGUGGUCCAGCACAAAGCUCCACACACCCAUGUAUAUUCUCCUGGCAAACUUUUCCUUCCUGGAAAUCUGCUAUGUCAGCUCUGAUGUGCCCAAAAUGUUGGCCAAUCUCAUCUCUCAGACCAAGAGCAUUUCCUAUGCUGGAUGCCUGCUCCAGUUCUACUUCUUCUUCUCCAUGUGUGCUGCAGAGGGCUACUUUCUAUCAGCAAUGUCCUUUGAUAGGUUUCUUGCCAUCUGUCGACCUCUGCAUUAUCCCACAAUCAUGACUCACCAGCUUUGUGCCCGCUUAGUAGUCUUGUGCUGGGCUGGUGGUUUUCUAUCCAUUCUGAUGCCUGCAGUUCUUAUGUCCAAGGUCCCCUUCUGUGGUCCUAAUGUGAUUGACCAUUUUUUUUGUGACCUGGGACCUUUGCUGGCACUGUCUUGUUUACCAGUUCCUAACACUACUUUAACUUGUGCUACUGUGAGCUCACUCAUAAUUUUCAUUACUUUUCUCUACAUUCUUGGGUCUUACACCUUAGUUCUGCGAGCUGUGUUGAGAGUUCCAGCUGGCUCAGGCAGGAGCAAAGUUUUCUCUACAUGUGCUUCCCAUUUCUUGGUAGUUUCCCUGUUCUAUGGAUCAGUCAUGGUGAUGUAUGUGAGCCCAGGUUCUAGGAGUCAUCCCGGGACACAGAAAUUUGUGACAUUGUUUUAUUGCAUGGCAACCCCAUUCUUUAAUCCUCUAAUCUACAGUCUCCGGAACAAAGACAUGAAAGAUGCACUGAAGAAAUUGAUAAAAUUGUCAUUCAGAAAUAACACACUACUAAUGGGAAUAAUUGUGAAGUGA